UUUCUGUGACCUUCGUACAACCUUCACUGUUGAAGUAUAUGGUGCACCACCGAAGAGUGACAUCACACCUCUGUUAGUGUCAGGCUCGGGGACAUUGGUACUUAUUGUUAUCCUACUAAUAUCUUAUGUCAUGGUGCUCACUGUCAGGCAUAUGAAGAAGAGAAUUGCGUUGAAGAAAUUGUAUAUGGAGAAAUUGAUGACAUCAUUGCAGAGCGCAGGUGCAAGGGUGAAGUCACCAGAAAAGGAAGACUGAUGCAAUUCAACACAAACAAUGUGACUUCUCUGAGAGACAUCUAUAAGCACUAAAGACCCGCAUGUUUACUUCUUGGGAGGACAAUCUUUCAUGUUGAUUUGGGUUGAGGAAAAUCUGUUAUAGGCUAUUAUGAAGUAGAUUAUAAACUGGAUAUUAUAGCAUACAGUGUGUCCAAAUAGUGUUUACAAUGCAGCCUGUGAAAAGUGUAGAGACAACCUGUAUUUAACCAAUGAUGGAACCCCAAAAGAGCUACAGAUCUUAAGUAUCUAUUUAAUCGGAAUUACCUUUAAAAAAAAACACAGGGAACAGACAGUUUCCCAUUUUAUUAUAAUGAUCAUUCAUACAGACAUAAUUUGGCUCUGCCUAUGUUUUAUCUUGUAGUAAUUCUCAUUCAACUGUUAAAUAAACAUUCAAAAUGUUAAUGUAUGUUUCAUCACAAUUUCGUGACAUCUUUAUUUAUUUAUGUAUAUGAAUUUACAGUCUAUAUAUAUUUUAUAUUAGCAUAUGUACAAUGG